AUGCCAAGUGCGCCGCAGCACAACGGCGCCGCCUCCGUCAUCGUGGCGGAACGCGCCACACGCUUCCUCAUGUCGCUGUUUAUCGUCCUCAGCUGCAGCGGCGCUCUUGGACACGCUGAUGCUCGUCUUGAGCGACAGCCCUACGUCGCCUAUCGCACCCCGCACCUCUGCUCAUACCACAUCAUGCAGUCCGUCGCUUGCCCGGAGACGAAGCCAAUGUGCUGCGUCGCCUCGUCCGCGAUCCGCUGCUGCGCGGGCACGAUCUCCUGCGCUAACUGCACGGAGGACAUCGUUGGCUACGAAAUGCCGAAGAGCAGCGUCAUCAUUGGUUGCUUCAGCUUGAGUGUGCUCGUCCUUCUGGGUAGCAUUAUCAUGUCCGGCGUGGGCCGCCAUCUCGCGUGGGUGCUCGAGCACCGCCGCGUGAUUGAACACUACCGCAAGCGCCUCCAGCUGCGCCGUGCGGAAGCGCGCGAGUUUAAGGAGGAGCUGGUCGAGACGGAAGAGAAGGACAUGGACGACAAGGUGGGGUGCGUCAUCUGCUGCGCCCGCCACAUAGACGUGGCGCUGACGCCGUGUGGGCACGUGUGCUGCUGCCAUUUUUGCGCGAGGCGCCUACACGAGUGUCCGGUGUGCCGCAGCGCCAUCCAGCGCUGCUUCGACCUGCCGCUGUACUACGUCAAGCAGCUCCUAAGCGCCGCGGAGGACGACAGCGGCGGCGGCGACGGCAGCGAGUCCACCCUAUCACCGAUGGAGAUGACAACCAUCACCUGCUAUAGUGCCACGGCCACGAGCGCGCGGGCGGCACGGGAAGAGGACCCUUGUGUAGUGGGUGAGGCGGCCUUCGCCCCCGCGACUUCCGAAGAUCACUCCGUCGAGUUCGCUAUGGCGCUGCUACAGAGCAACUGCUGCAGCAGCGCUAGAAGCGGCGUCGUUGCAGGUGUGCGCGGUAGCACAGAACAACCACCUCGUGGCACGGUGAGAGCUGUCGGUGCUUCCGAGAUGAGGAUGAUCAAUCCUUUUAGAAGCCGCUACUCACGUGUUCCGUACUCCGACGAAGACAACGACGGUGACGGGGGCGAAAAGCUGCUUGGCAGCGGUACCGCCAGUGCGAGCCCCUUGGUGCGACGUGUGCCAGCCACUGGCGCGGUGACCUCCCCUACGGAGGCGCGGGCCGACGCUGUCGAGGAGGAGGACACUGCCCCUUCUGGGGCCAACGCGCAUCACUUGCAUGUGUAUAUCUCCGUUGAGAGGUGA